AUGGCGACUCUUGUUUCAACUGGUUCACCAGGAAUCAAUCGGAAAUCAAGCCAUGGUGUGAAGUUGCACCUUGAAAUGGAGGAAGACAUCACGCAACAAACAAAAAGUCGCAAGCCUUCUCCAGUCCCUCUGGAUCCCAAACCUGCGACGAAUAUGGACGAUAUUCUCGCCCGAUUGAAGCUGAACGAUGCUCGCAAACCCAGCACUGAUGUCCGGUCCCUUGACAAACUUUUGCACAACUUGCAAGAUCAGAGCAAAGUCAUGAAGAGACAGGAAGAUGAGAUCAAGAACGGGGCCGAUUCUAACCGUCACCUUUCCACCCGCAUGUCUGCUUCUGCAGAUAGCUCCUCCAACCCGGAUGCUGGUGUCUCUACCACCAUUCCAUUCGGCAAUGUUUCAACUGGUGUUCCGAUUGCUCCUCGCCCAACUCCAACCAACCUCAAGACAGAUAACGCCGAGAUCUUACGCGUCAAACAAGAACUGGAAGCUGCCAAGUCGGUCAUUUCACGUCAAGAACAAGAACUCGCUGAGACUCGCACCUUGAAGCACACUAUGGAUCAAGCGAUGGGUCCUCCUUCAGAGAUUGGAGAUUUUGUUCCUCCAAACGAUCUGACUGAAGCCACCAUUGGCCAUCUUCAAAGUGCUUUCAAUGCUGCAGCUCGGCCUUUUACCUCACGUAACGAUGGCUGGAUUGCUCAAGACAACCUUCAAGUCGACCCUGGUGACCUCGCUGGCGCUAACUUUGGACGAUCUCGAGCCUUUUGGCAGAACGCUACUGCGCCCGUGGCUGAAAUCCAGGUCACCAACCCUCCUAAUGCAGGUUACACCGCUGCUCGUGACCCUCGCGCUCCUGGCCAAGGUUAUAACAACUUGUACGGUGCCCCAACUGCUGGUGACUCGGGAUUUCAGAAUGGCAACUUUCCUGGCAACGGCGCAGCUCUUGGUUAUGACAUGAGAGCACAUGGUGAUACCAUGGGAUUCAAUCCGCAACAACUCAACAUGAGACGCAAUGGAGCCCCACUUCGUAUCAACACCACUGCUCUUGAUCCACUUGCACCAUAUCAGAGCUACCCACCAGGUGCCACAGCCCUCACUCCCCCAGCAGUCACUUCAAUGGGCAUUCCCAGUCAAUACUAUCAGCAACGUGGUGUGGCUGCUCCAUUGUCCCCCACAGGAACAGACUUCAAUGCAUCAAGUGGUCAAACUGUGGUCAAUCCAUGGCCGCUCUCAGCGAAUGUUGCAACUGGACCGACCUAUGUCACUCCUCUUGAGCCCAUGAACUAUCGCCGCUUGCUCGAUAAAUCCGUUUCUUGUGACUGGAAAUACAUCGUCGACAAAAUUGUCUGCAACAACGAUCAACAAGCAAGUAUCUUCUUGCAGCAAAAGCUCAAAGUCGGCACGGCAGAGCAGAAGUUCGACAUUGUUGAGUCCAUUGUCAAUCAGGCUUACCCACUCAUGAUCAAUCGAUUUGGCAACUUUCUUGUACAACGCUGCUUUGAACAUGGUACUCCUGAUCAAGUUGUGGCCAUUGCUAAUGCCAUUCAAGGCAAUGUGUUACAGCUCAGUAUGGAUCCCUUUGGAUGUCACGUCAUUCAAAAAGCUUUUGAUUCGGUACCAGAGGAGAACAAGGCUGACAUGGUUCAUGAACUUCUCCGACGUAUCCCAGACACUGUGAUCCAUCGAUAUGCUUGUCACGUUUGGCAAAAGCUGUUUGAACUUCGCUGGAGCGGAGAACCACCACAAAUCAUGCUAAAGGUCAAUGAGGCUCUUCGGGGCAUGUGGCAUGAAGUCGCCUUGGGUGAAACUGGCAGUCUUGUUGUUCAGAACAUUUUCGAGAACUGUGUUGAGGAUGAGAAGCGUCCAGCCAUUGAGGAAGUCAUCACCAACAUCGACUUGAUUGCUCAUGGUCAAUUCGGUAAUUGGUGCAUUCAGCAUCUAUGUGAACAUGGCUCUCCACCAGACAAACGCCGAGUUGUCGAUCACAUUCUUACCAAUUCAUACAACUACAGUGUUGAUCAAUUCGCUUCCAAAGUGGUAGAGAAGUGUCUCAAAAUUGGCGGCCCCGAAUUUUUGGAUCGUUACCUUGGGGUUAUCACCACUGCUCAUCCUGAUCGUCCACGCAUUCCUCUUAUCGAUAUUGCUGGUGACCAAUAUGGCAAUUAUCUCAUUCAAUGGAUCUUGAUGAAUACUCAUCAUCAUCAACGCGAGCAGGUUGCCAUCCACAUUCGAAAGCAUAUGGUCUCUCUGCGCGGUUCCAAAUUUGGUUCUCGUGUUGCUAUGCUCUGCUGCAACCCGAACUCUGCUACUCGUCCUGGAACUGGUGCUGUUGUCAACCCCUUCGGUGCCCCUGGUCAACCUCGCAGUCAAUGGGCUCGAUUCCGUUGA